AUGCCUCGCCUUAGCCUCAUGGACGUGCAGGUGAUGCUGCCAGCGAGAAGCGUGCGCUACAUCGCCAAGCGCCUCCGCCCCACGCGCCGCAACGCGAUCCAACCGCGCGACGAGCUCUACCGGUUGCAGCUCAAGCAGCGCAUGCUCGUCAACGACGAGCUGUGGCAAACGACCGUCGUCGAGCUGCAGCGAAUCAACCGUCUCAAGAACAUGUACGCGAGCCAGCGCCGCAUCGAAAACUGGAUCGGCGUUCUCGCUUUCAUAAGCAUCCUCGGCGAGUCGGCCAUCAUGAAGUUGUACUGGAGCUACGGCUCGUGGCUGAACGGACUGCCCAACGCAGAGACAGCGGCGUCGCUGACCCUCACCAAAACCUUUCUCACUAUCGUCACAUUGGCGCUCGUCGUGCUCAUCUACCUACGCUACGAUGGCAUUUGUGCCAUUGAAGUCACGUCCGGGCAGCUCGACCCGCGCACGCGCCUCUACCACCGAGCAUUCACCAAGCGCUGGCUCUACGUGCUGGAAACGAUCGUGUUUGUCGUACACAUGCUGCCACGCCUCGACUACACCGUGCUCGUACAUCAGUACAUAUCGGCCGCGACCCAGGGAGCAGUCGACUCUGUGUGCGCGACGGGUCUCCUUCUCGACCAAGGCCACUGCUAUGUUGAGAUAGCGUACAAUCUCAACCAGUUUGGCCUCGUCGUGCUCGUGCGCGUCUACGUCUUCGGACGCCUCGUGCGCAACGUCCUCGGCUUCAACACCAACAGCGUCGCCUUUCUCGGAGCGAUCCACAACGUCAAGUCGUCGUCGCCGUUCUUCUCGAUCAAGUACCUCUUCCACGUGUACCCCGCGACAUUUGCCUCCUUGGCGCUUCUCGUCAACCUCAUCGUGACCUCCAUUGCGAUCAUCCAGAUCGAAGGGACGCUCAACCCAAACGUCAACUCGUUUGCGGACGCGCUGUGGAUCUCGAUCGUGACGAUGGCGACGGUGGGCUAUGGCGAGGUCGUGCCGAUUACGACCGCCGGGCGCUUCUUCUGCCUCGUUGGCGGCGUCCUCGGCGGUCUUGUGUUCAAUUCGCUGCUCCGCGUCGUGUUUGUCGACGCGCUCCUCAUCACGCUGGCCGAAGAAGACACGAUGCGCACCAUCACUGAGCGCGAUGACACGGUGUGCGCGCGCGACAAUGCUGCGGCUGUCAUGCAGACGAUCUGGCGCUGCCAGCGCGCCGGCGUCGACAAGCACAAAAUCACGCUGCGCCUCCACGCGCACAUGGCGACCGCGCGGCGCAUGCGGCUGGCCUCGCGCAAGGCCUCCAAGCACGUGCGCAAGGUGCUCGACGACUGCGCAGCGCGCCUCGAGCCCGAGAUCACGCUAACGACCACCGCAACGGACGCACUCGAGUCGUCGAUUCAAAAGCUCGAGCGGGUAGCGGCGGCCCUCGGUAGUUUAACGUGA